AUGCUUUCCCUAUAUGCGUACAUUUUCCUAAGUUUGGUGGUGACUAUAGGCUUCGUCGUCGACUAUGCCACCGUUUACACUGAUUUCUUUUCGUUAGUUGUUGCGCUGACAGACUCCCCCAUAUUCCGCCUCUUGUGCGUGAACAGCUUCAUAGCGUUAUCAUGGGUCCUUUGGCUUGUUGCCCGCUUCACCUUCUUUGGCACGUUGAGCCGCACCGAAAGCGACGCGGUGCGGAGUGUUACGCCUGUGUAUGCUAUGGAAUUUAUUGUUUGCCCCCUUUAUUUCGGUAUCUCCACACUGAGUUCCGCAGGUGUGGUUUCACUUGUUACUGUGGUUGUUGCGGUUCUCCAUCGCCUUGCACAGGAGCGCGUAUCAACACUUCAAGUGAUGGAGGAUCGGGUGUUACGUACACCUAUGCUUGUCCGGCUGCUGAUUUUCCUGUACCUUUUCUCCAUGAUCGACCUCUAUGUUGUGUUUGAUAUGAUUGGGAAUACGGCAGAGAGCUAUGGAGAUCAACUGUCUAUGCAGUAUUGCAUAGCCUUAUUGUAUGUACAGUUCCUUAUAUCCAUUCUCAAGUCGUUUACGCAACUCUUCUUCACCGUGGCCACCAAGGAGUCGACGUACAACAGCCUGGCCUUCUAUAUGGAGAUGUUUUUUUCCCUCUCCAACAAUGUGGUGUUCUUCAUUUCAUUUCUGUACAUUUGUACUUCAUCGUACGUUCCCUUUCCGCUUAUGCGCAUGUUUUUACAAAACAUGAUAAUGUGCGGGAAGAACGUUCGCCUCGUCGCGCGAUACAGGAAACUUACGGCUCUUUUGAGAGAAAUACCAAACGCCACCGAAGAGAUUUUGUCCCGUGACCCGCACUGUGCUAUAUGUUACGAUGAUAUGUCGCCUGAUCAAACAUGCAAGCAACUCCCAUGUGGGCACUGUUAUCAUGAGGCGUGCUUGCUCCACUGGUUUGAAAAAAUGUCAACGUGCCCCUACUGCAGAAGCGACAUCGCUCAGCGAACCAGUGCUAUGGCAGCGUAUGCGAAAAGGGUUCGGGUUCCGGCGGAUGCCACCACUACACCAUCGGAGCAGACGGGAUCUGAUGCGUCAGCAACUCCGUCCCCCGAGGACGAUACGACAAGCAUGCCAAUGCCUAGCGAGGAGGAAAUGCGGAGGUCAUAUGAGCGGUACCUAGCAGAAAUGGCUUCGCGGCAGCGGGCGCAGGGGGCCGCCAUCUCAGCUGAAGCCGAUGCUUCGCGCUUGGGGGAGGAGGUUUCUGCAGCAUCAACCGAUCGCUUCUCAGUGGUUGAGGAGAUAAACAAAAGUCUCACUCAGAGUAACGCUGUCAGGUCAGUGGAUGUCCCAGCAGUGAGUACGAAGGAGGCGCAACGUCUAGCAGCUUACGAGGAGCACGCUGCGGCUGUAAGGGCCGCGCAAGAGAAACUACAGCAACGUCUGAAAUCCAUUGAUGCCUCCUAG